UGGACGUUGCGUUCCAACAUGGCGGCACACUGUAUCGAGCUUCUGUGAAGCUAGGUGAAAUAAAUGUAAAAUAAACAAUAAAAUAUCAAAGCAUAGUACGCGGAUAAUAUUUACAUAGCGUAUGAAGCUAUUACGGAGCUCUGGGCACAACACCAUGUCUUGUUGGAGGCACAAAAUUUCGGUUUUUAUGAAAAACGUACUUCAGCGUAGUUAGCAUGCUAGCCUGAGCUAGGUUAGCUAACGGUAACGCAGAUUGACUACGAGCUGACGUUAAGGGCAGUUUCUCUUCAAGUUGAAGCAAUGUUGGGGUUUCUGACAGCAAGGCAGGCUGGUCUGGAUGACCCUCUGCGACUGAGACGUGCUGAGUCAACGAGAAGGGUCCUGAGUCUGACGUUGAAUCCUGACAGAGACGUGGACAGAGUCCAUGGAAAUGGCAUCAACACCAUUGACAUUGAAGUAAUAGAGGGCAGAUACAUGUUGUCUGGCGGAGCAGAUGGAGUGAUCGUCAUCUAUGACCUGGAAAACUUAAGUGGGAAACCACAAUACACAUGCAAGGCAGUUUGCACAGUGGGCAGGUCGAGUCGGUAUGUCCACAAGUUCAGUGUAGAGACAGUCCAGUGGUAUCCCUAUGACACGGGCAUGUUUGUCUCCAGCUCCUUUGACAAGACCAUGAAAGUCUGGGACACUGAGACACUGAAGCCUGCUGAGGUCUUUGAGUUUGAGGGCAAUGUCUACAGCCACCACCUGUCUCCCAUUGCCAGGAAGCACAGUCUCAUUGCAGUUGGCACCAAAGACCCUAAAAUCCAGCUGUGUGACCUGAAAUCUGGUUCAAAGAUUCACAUCCUUCAGGGUCACAGAGCAGAGGUCCUGUCUGUGCGCUGGUCACCGAGAUACGAGCACAUCCUAGCCACUGCCAGUGCAGACAGCAAAGUGAAAGUCUGGGAUGUGCGUCGGGCCUCUGGCAGUCUCCUCACUCUGGAUCAGCACAAUGGAGACAAGUCAAAAGCCUCCUCUGAGGCAGUGAACACAGCUCAUAACGGCAGAGUAAAUGGCCUGUGCUUCACUGGAGAUGGCCUCUACCUCCUCACCACUGGGACAGAUGACCGUAUGCGACUAUGGAAUAGUGCCACUGGGGAGAACACACUGGUAAAUUACGGGAAGGUCUACAACGAGAGUCGUAAAAGGCUUCAGUUCACAGUGUCGCGUGGCUGCAGCCCAGAGUUUGUGUUUGUGCCAUGCGGCAGCUCAGUAGCUGUGUAUGCCCUGCACACGGGAGAGCUGGUGACAAUGCUCAGGGGUCACUACAACAACGUCGAUUGCUGCGAGUUCCACCCAGACUUCCAGGUGAGACACACUGAAGUCCGAAGUGGUGACUGUUCCCUGCAUCCGGCCAAUAGACCCAUCCGUCUGCACUGCAGCUCUGCCUUUGUUUGUAUUUCCAUCUAUUUCUGUUUGUUCUGCCAGUCAGGUAUAGCUGGUCUCUUGUGCGCUCAGAGAAUUCAGGUCUGUUUUUUUUUUUUUUGUCUCUUCAACUGAUACAGUGCAGUAAGAGCUAUUAGAAAUUUGCAAUCACCAUGGUAGUCUCAAAUGAGCUACUUCCCUCAGAUAGAUAACAUGGUUAGGUCAACAUUGCCCGAGCUCUACUGAGUGUCUAUAAAUUCAAAUACAGUCACCUCUUUCAUUUUCAUGUGUGAGUUUGUGCUCUCUGCCUAAAUGUUGACUGUGUUAUUUUCAGAAGUCACAGUGAAGGUCUAACUGUCAUUAGGUACCCCUGUACAAUAUAAUGUGGCCCAAUACAACAGCUCUGCCAUAAAUUCUGCCUAUACAAAGAUAAUUAUGUUUUGAUUGACACUGCCAGAGAGGUUUAUUUAAGUACAGAUUUAUUUUUCAGGUUGCAUUUUGCGGGACUGCAUUACAUUGAGAGGUGUGCCAAAUAUUUGUCCACUCCGUUUACAAACAUGAGAGGGACAGAAUAUUAUGACCUCAUUAAUAAACAUAAAAUAGAAUUACUGCCUUUUCAUCUUUAUUCACCUCACUAUUUUAAUUUUAUAGGCUGAUUUGACAUGCACUCUUUCUGUCCCCAUAUUUGAUGAUUUUAAUGUCAUUAUACUUAUUUUUAUAAGGAAACUACCAAACAUAAGUGGUAAAAAGCUUAAAGACCUGGGCACACGAAACUGACAUCAAGGUGAAGACAAAGACCAACUGUUGUGUUGCCUCAUGUUGUCUGCCUUAUGGCUAAAGAGUUGCACUGGAACACACUGCAAGGACCACAGCUACAUUCUGUUCCUGCGUCAGAGGAAAUAACUCAACAUAUGAUAGUCUGCAUUCAUCAUUUAAAAAGGGAUCGCUGAUUUUACAACGGACACACAAAUAUGCCAGUUCCACAGUUGGGCACAUAUUGACAUAACAGUAAUAUCUGAACAAAAUCAAUAUUUGUUUUCACUGAAGCUGUUGACUGAGAUCAGUACUCUCCAAAUACAUCUGUAAAUCCCUGGUUUAAACAUGUUUAUCAUUCUUCUUACAGUAUAAGCAAAACUGGCACUUAAAAAGUUUAUCAAUAUGCUUGUUCAGUUCUUUAUUUCUACAGUGUACGUAAAUAAUGACCUUAUAUGAUGUGAUUAGGUACAUUUAGUUCUACAUAAUCAUUACAACGCCCUCUUCCUUAUUAGUCAAUGUCAACAUCCGGUGUGGAACACUGGGUUUGUGUUUAUAACAAAGGAAUGCAGUUUGACUGCUCGUCAUUCCCGAGAGUUUCCUAAGAGAAGAUCUAGUCCUGAAACAUGUGUUUUACUGCUUUUGGAUGCCUUUUGUCUGAUGUAAUGACACUGACCAGUCCAACGGCACUGAAUAUGUGUCCCAUGUGUUCGCUUGUGUUGUGUGGAAGGUUGUAUGCUUAUUAAUGAUUUCAAUCUUGGUCCCAAUUAUGCUUGUUAACACAGGUGUUCCCCUGGUGCUGAUGUCAUUGUUUGGGAGUUCCAUAAGGUGGAGGUUGUGCUGCAGCAGCAGCUCUUCUUUUAUGUCCUGUAACACUGUAUGACAUGGUGUGUCCUUGUUGUUGU